GGCUUGACCAAGGUGUCAGACUCGACCAAACCUGUUGGAAGUUUCUUGGACACCCUUGCAGAGCGUUUUGGCUCAGUCUAGGGCGCUCAGGUGGCUGAGAAAUCCCUCCGGAGUGGGAGCCAUGAGCAUGCACACGACGCAAGAAUGGGCAUUGAGUGCCCAUCAGAACAUGUUCCAGGCGAAGUCCGCUCACCGGAAGGCCAUCGAUCAGCAGGACCGCUCCAGCCGCGCCCACGAUGAGGCCAUGUCUGACAACAUGGGCAAAGUUCCUUGGAGCAAAAGGUCCGCACCAGUCAGAGGAUGUUGGAGAAGCUCCAGCACCGUGCGCAGUCACUGGAGAACUCCAUCCAACACACGAAGCAGACCUUGGGCAAGUUGGAAGAGGCCUUAGAGGCAAAGGAUGCUCCACUGAUCCUUUGUAGCUGGCGUAUGGAGCAACGAGAGCGUCGACCCUUGCGGGAACAGGUCCGGGACCAUGUGGAGGUGUCUCUGGAGACGGAGAAGGCCGCCUUGUUGGAUUCUCAGCGGCGCUUGCAAGAUGUCAUCCAGAAAACCAAGCAGACCGUCCAGGCCCUGGAGAAUAAGCUGGAAGAGGUCCGUCAGGACAUUCAGCAGAAGAGCCAGGCCCUUAGUGUGGAUGAGCUUUGCCUCCGCACCACCUCUCGCAGCCUCGAGCAGAUCGUCGACCGCAGCGCCUUCCUCCGGACGGCGGGCGGGAACCUGCCGCCGGCGCGCGGCGGCAGCCGCGGCACGGCGCGUGGGGCGGAUGCGCGGCGGGAGGUGACAGCCCUGGAAAGCUUCCGCAAUGAGGUGCUCCGGCAGAAGGAGGCCUUGCGGCUCAACCAGUCGGCGAUCCACCGGGAAGAGGCUGCCAAGGAGCUCCGAGAGGAAGCCAAUAAGCUCAUGGCGCGCGUGCAGCGCAAUGUCGAGGAUGCCGCUGGGAAGUCCGAGAAGUGCAUGAAGGAUCGUGUCAACGAGAAUCAACUGAUGCGGAGGCAAGAGCACCAGAUGACCUUGCUGAAGUGUCACGAGGAAUUACGCCAACACCAUCAGAAUGAGAAGAACAUCUUGCAAGACCUUCAGGAGAAGAAGGAGCAGUUGAAGGAGGACCUCCGUGACAAGACCUCAGCACUCCACAUCGACCUCAACUGUCUCACCCACGAAGCCCAGCCAUCCCGGCAUGGCCAAGCACCACGUCCCGCGAUCAGCCGCCAACGGCUGCCCAAAGCGAUGAAGGCCGGGGACAACGAAUGUGGUGCCAAGGUCCCAAAAGCACCACUGGUGAGUCAUUAG